GGAGAGAGGCCUUAUGAAUGCAAGGAAUGUGGCAAAGCCUUUAGCCAGAGCUCAACCCUAAAUCAACAUAAAGCCACUCACAGUGACGUGAGGCCUUACACGUGUGAGGAAUGUGGGAAAGCCUUUCGUCUUGUUAAAAGACUCAAGGUACAUGAACGAGUCCACAGUGGAGAAAGGCCUUUCAAAUGCAAAGAAUGUGGAAAAGCCUUCCGUGAUUCCUCAGACCUCAGGAGACAUCUUAAAAGUCACAGUGGCCAGAGGCCUUACCAUUGUAAAGAAUGUGGCAAAGCCUUUUCUCGUUACAUGUACCUCUGUAACCAUAUGAAAACUCACUCUGAGGACAGACCCUUCCAAUGUGAGUUAUGUAAGAAAGCGUUUAGACGUUCCUCACACCUUAAUAUACAUCUGCGAACUCACAGUGGAGAGCGGCCUUAUGAGUGUAAGGAGUGCGGGAAAACUUUUACUCGUUCCUAUUGUCUGUCCCAGCACAUGCGAACACACACUGGAGAGAAGCCUCAUGAAUGUAAAGAAUGUGGAAAAGCUUUUCAUAGUUCCUCAGACCUCACUAAACAUCUGAGGACACACAGUGGAGAGAAACCUUAUAAAUGUGAACAGUGUGGGAAAGCCUUCAAGCUAGUCUCAGCCCUCAAUGUGCAUAAAGGGACUCACACCAGGGAGAAGCCUCAUAUCUGUCAGGAAUGUGGGGCAGCCUUUAAGGUUUUGCACUCUCUCACUAUGCAUCUGAGAACUCACAGUGGGGAAAAACCCUAUAAAUGUGAGCAGUGUGGGAAAGCAUUUAGUUAUAGCACAGUCCUUGCUAACCACGUUAGAACUCAUAGUGGAGAGAAACCCUAUAAAUGUAAGGAAUGUGGGAGAGCCUUUGCAACUCUUUCAUCCCUUUAUAAACAUCUCAAGAUUCACACAGGAGAGAAGCCCUAUGAAUGUAAGGACUGUGGGAAAGCUUUCCUUCGCUCUUCACACCUUAUUGUACAUAAAAGAACUCACAGUGGGGAAAAACCUUAUGAAUGUGAGCAGUGUGGGAAAGCCUUCAGGGUUUCCUCACGGCUGACUGUUCACAGGAGAACUCACAGUGGGGAGAAGCCUUAUGAAUGUGAGCAGUGUGGGAAAGCUUUCAUUCAAGCCAGUAGCUUGGCCACACAUAAGAGAGGUCACGCUGAGGGCUCAUGAGUGAAGCAUUGUGGGAAAGCCUUCAGUCAUUAUCCCUCUUGUAUCCCUCUUGAAUCCUUUGAACUCAGGUAGAAAGGUCAAAAAGGGCUUUUCACCCUUACUGCUCUUUCUAAGAUUGAAUGUAAAGGGCUUAUUUUUUCACUUGGAACUAAAAAAUAAUUAUUUGAAGAAGGGAUAAUUAGAGGUACUUGCGUGUCUGGGAGAAAUCAUUCUUUUUAAUUCACGUUCGGACUGUGUCUCAGGGUUUGAUUUUUUUUUUUCAUUCCAAGGCACAUUCUACCUUCAUUAUUAGAUUAUUUUCAUAUUCAUUCUUGAAAAGGAAAGAAUGAAUUUUGUUUCCUUUUGGAAAAGGAAGGAAUGAAUUUUGUUUAACCUUUAAACAAAAUGCACAUAGCACCACACUUUGACAUUAUGGAAGUAUACUUUUCAUCUUACUUUGGCCUAUUCAUUUACAGAUCUACUGGUAACGCUUCUGUAUUGUUAUCACAGUGACACUUUCCUCACAACAUAGAGCCAUUUCUCAUUAACCCUUGUACCAGGGGCUUCAAUAACUUUAUCCACAUGUUCCUUUAUCGUUUAGUUCAAUUAUUCAGUAUAGUGUCAUAGAUGAUAAUGUUACAUAAAUUUUAUGAUAUGUGGGACUUGUCUUAAUUUGUAAUACACUGAAAAGUUAAAUUGAAUAUGAUAUCAAAACUAUAAUUUAUGAACUAUGACGGGUUCAUGAGGGAGGCGAGAGUG